UUUUUCUCUGCACUGUUUUCGUUGAAAAAAAUGGAGUCCGUACACCGCGUCCUCGUGGUGGUUCUGUUUCUUGUCAUGCAAGAAAGCGCCGGUCGUCUCUGGUUCGCCUCUGCUUCUGCAGACUCUGAAUCAGAUGAGCAGUUCGAUCACCCAUCUCAUUACAAGGGUUGGCCACCGAAAAGAUUCAGACCGCCGGUCAAAGGUUACCCGCCACCGGUAAAGGAGUGCCCACCUCCGGUUAAAGGUUACCCGCCACCGGUUAAAGGGUAUCCACCCCCGGUUAAAGGGUAUCCACCACCAACCCAAAAACCGCCACCUGCAGGGCAUCCUGCGCCGGUAGAGUACCCGCCACCGGUGAAAGGGUAUCCACCUCCGGUACAGUACCCCCCACCAACCCAAAAACCACCGCCUGCAGGGCAUCCUCCACCGGUAGAGUACCCUUCGCCUCCGUACAAGAAAUAUCCUCCGCCGGUUCAGUAUCCAUCGCCGCCAAGUGGGAAGUAUCCGCCGCCGUCCGGUGGGUAUUCUCCGGCGGAGCCGUAGUUAAUUAACCAUCGCCGCCAAGCUGCAAAGGACGUUGUUACUGACUAAAGCCAUGUAAAACUUAUGAUGUAUGUACGAAAGACAAGCUUUUACUAUCCGUAUGGAUGAAUGAUGAAUAAAGAACAACGUUCAGUACAGAACAUGA